CAAGCUUUUCAGUGCGCGCGUUGGAAACUAAUAUUCGACUAUUUCUGUUUUCACAUUUGUCACAAAUUAGACCUGCAGGCACUGAGGGGCGAGGCGGAGGACAGUCGGACAAACUUAGUCAAAAGCGACGAAAGUCCCUAAACUCACAGGCUGAAGGGGCUUCAAACGCAAACGAUUCAUCCUUUCUGGCUGUUUCAGAGAAGGAUACGCUGCUGGACAUGUGAAUUUAAAGGAGAUACUUGCCAAGAACAACAAUGAAACCAACGACUGCCCUGUGUUGCUUCGGCUUUCUCCUGACUUGCGUCUUGUUUGGGUCGAGCUCGUCACAAUCAGUAUGUGCUGGCACAGAGAACAAGCUGAGCACGCUGUCAGACCUGGAGCAGCAGUACCGCACCCUGAGGAAAUACUACGAGAACUGUGAAGUCGUAAUGGGCAACCUUGAGAUCACAAGCAUCGACCGCAGUCGUGACCUCACCUUCCUCAGAUCUAUCCGAGAAGUGACAGGCUAUGUGUUGGUGGCUCUGAACCAGUUUGACUAUCUGCCAUUGGAGAACUUGAGGAUCAUCCGAGGAACCAAGCUGUAUGAGGACCGCUACUCUCUUGCAAUCUUCCUCAACUACCGACGUGAUGGAAACUUUGGCCUGCGCCAGUUGGGCCUGAAAAACCUCACAGAGAUCCUGAGUGGAGGUGUGUAUGUGGACCAGAACAAGUUCCUGUGUCAUGCAGAUACCAUCCAUUGGCAGGACAUUGUCAAAAACCCGCGGAUCCAUCCUGUGGUGGUGCCCACCAACAGCAGUGUAACAUGUCAAAAGUGCCAUCGCUCCUGUAAUGGUCGUUGCUGGGGACCCAAAGAGGAACAGUGUCAAAGCUUAACAAAGACAGUGUGUGCAGAGCAGUGUGACGGUCGUUGUUUCGGUCCCUAUGUGAGUGACUGCUGCCACCGUGAGUGUGCAGGUGGCUGCUUUGGUCCAAAGGACACAGACUGCUUUGCCUGCACCAACUUCAAUGACAGUGGUGCAUGUGUGACCCAGUGCCCUCAGCCAUUUGUCUACAACCCCACUACCUUCCAACUGGAACAUAACCCAAGAGCCAAGUACACCUAUGGAGCCUUCUGUGUCAAGAAGUGUCCACAUAACUUUGUUGUGGACCAUAGCUCCUGUGUGCGGGCGUGCCCCAGUAACAAGAUGGAGGUGGAGGAAAACCGCAUUAAGAUGUGCAUUCCUUGUACUGACAUCUGCCCAAAAGCAUGUGAUGGCAUUGGGACAGCCAGUUUACAGGCUGCUCAGACAGUGGACUCCAGCAAUAUCGACAAGUUUGUCAACUGCACCAAAAUCAACGGCAACCUGGUCUUUCUUAUUACUGGAAUAAAAGGGGAUGUCUAUCACAACAUUGAAGCUUUGGACCCAGAAAAACUCAAUGUAUUCCGCACUGUUCGGGAGAUCACAGGCUUUCUGAACAUCCAGUCUUGGCCUGACAACAUGACAGACUUGAGUGUUUUCAGCAACCUGGCAACUAUUGGGGGGAGAGCGCUGUACAGUGGGAUAUCCCUGCUGGUGUUAAAGCAACAAGGAAUCUCAUCGCUGCAGCUUCAGUCUCUGAGAGAGAUCAGCGCUGGGAAUGUCCACAUCGCAGAGAACAGCCAGCUUUGCUACUACGACACUGUCAACUGGACAAGACUCUUCCGCACUGUAAACCAGAAGGUUUUGAUCCGUAACAACCGAACCCCGCAAGAAUGUUCCAAGGAGCGCAUGGUGUGUGACCCGCUGUGUUCGGACGCAGGGUGUUGGGGCCCUGGCCCAGACCAGUGCCUCUUCUGCAGAGACUUCAGUCGUGGACGAACCUGUGUGGAUAGCUGCAACCUUUACGAUGGGGAUUUCCGAGAGUAUGCCAACAGGUCAGUGUGUGUGGAGUGUGAUGCCCAGUGUGAGCGAGCUGACGGUGACUCUUUGACCUGCCACGGUCCGGGCCCAGACCAUUGUGUGAAAUGCCUCCAUUUUAAGGAUGGUCCUAACUGUGUGGAAAAGUGUCCCGAUGGCCUGCAAGGUGCUAACAGCUUCAUCUUCAAGUACGCCGAGGCCAACAAUGAAUGUCAUCCCUGCCAUGCCAACUGCACUCAGGGGUGUAUUGGACCAAGGCUGCAAGACUGUAUUGGCUGGAUGGACAGAACCCCUCUGAUCGCAGCAGGGGUAAUCGGUGGCCUCUUCAUGGUGGUGAUCAUGGGGCUGAGCGUAGCGGUGUCUGUGCGCCGGAAGAACAUUAAGAAGAAGAGAGCUCUUCGUCGCUUCCUGGAGACAGAGUUGGUGGAGCCUUUAACACCCAGUGGAACAGCACCCAACCAAGCCCAGCUUCGCAUUCUGAAAGAGACAGAGCUCAAAAGGGUGAAGAUCCUUGGUUCUGGGGCCUUCGGGACUGUUUACAAGGGUAUUUGGGUCCCAGAGGGUGAAACGGUGAAGAUUCCUGUAGCCAUUAAAAUCCUGAACGAAGCCACAGGACCCAAGGCUAACGUGGAGUUCAUGGACGAGGCCCUGAUCAUGGCCAGCAUGGAGCACCCCCACCUGGUCCGUCUGCUGGGUGUCUGCCUGAGCCCCACCAUCCAGCUGGUCACACAACUGAUGCCUCACGGGUGCCUGCUUGACUACGUCCACGAGCACAAGGACAACAUCGGAUCCCAGCUGUUGCUUAAUUGGUGUGUCCAGAUUGCCAAGGGGAUGAUGUAUCUGGAGGAACGCAGGCUGGUCCACAGGGAUCUGGCAGCCCGAAAUGUCCUGGUGAAAUCUCCCAACCAUAUCAAGAUCACUGACUUUGGCUUGGCUCGCCUGCUGGAUGUUAAUGAGAAGGAAUAUAAUGCAGAUGGAGGCAAGAUGCCUAUCAAAUGGAUGGCCCUGGAAUGUAUUCAUUACAGGAAGUUUACUCAUCAGAGUGACGUUUGGAGUUACGGGGUAACCAUCUGGGAGCUGAUGACCUUUGGAGGGAAGCCAUACGACGGGAUUUCCACCCGAGAUAUCCCAGACUUGCUAGAGAAAGGGGAGCGUCUUCCUCAGCCACCCAUCUGCACCAUUGACGUGUACAUGGUUAUGGUCAAAUGCUGGAUGAUUGAUGCAGACAGCCGGCCUAAGUUCAAGGAGCUGGCUGCAGAGUUCACUCGGAUGGCUCGUGAUCCCCAGAGAUACCUGGUAAUCCAGGGUGAUGACCGCAUGAAGCUUCCGAGCCCCAAUGACAGCAAGUUCUUCCAGAGUCUGCUGGACGAGGAGGAGCUGGAGGACCUGAUGGACGCUGAGGAGUACCUGGUGCCCCACUCCUUUGACAUUCCACCACUGGCGUACACUCCACGAACACGCAUGGACUCUAACAAGAACCAGUUUAGCUACCAGGACCCCAGUUUCAGCAUGGAGGACAUGCUCGCCACCCUGCCUAGAGUGGUCUCUGUUCCUCCUGUGAGUGGAGGCUGCCUAGCACCCCAGGACCUGGUCUCAGUGGGGCAGAUUGGUGGUGGAUUUGUCCGUGGUAACCAGGAGGACCCACGCUGUAACGGCACCCUGAGGAAGCAGGCCUCUCCAAGGUCUACCACCCUUGGGGUUGGCUCACCUCUCACUGCUGGACAAGGUGGAGGGGAGGACAGUAGUGGGCAGCGUUAUAGUGCCGAUCCAACCGGUCUUCUGGCAGAACGAGGAACAAAAGGAGAGAAAGACCAGGAUGCAUACAUGACUGCCAUGAGAGACAAGAACUCAGACUAUCUCAACCCUGUAGAGGAAAACCCCUUUGUCACACGUCGUAGGAAUGGUGAAGCCCACGCAGUGAUUGAUGGAGCAGGUUGCCACACCCUGCACAUGGCUGGAGCUGCUGCUGCUCCCAAGAGCCAGUCCAUUCACGGGAACGAUGAAUAUAUCAACGAGCCACUGUACCUGAAUACCUUUGUUAACCCUGGGGACAAGAACGGAUUGGCUGGCGCAGUCUCCAUCUCUGGCCCUGGGUCCUCUGCUGCCCAAUCAUUAUCGCAGACAGUCAACCCAUCAAGCCACACUGUCUCCUCCUCUGGAUAUGUGUUACCCCCUGGCCACCUCCCGCAUCCAUCAUAUCCAUCACACACCCUGCAUCCGGUGCAUUCAGGACAUGCCCUGCACUCAGGGAUUACCAGCAGCACCAUCGUCUUUGAUAAGAAAGGCAAAAAGGCCACUUUUGACAAUCCUGAAUACUGGCAGCACAGUCUCCCCCCGAAAACCUCAAUGCACAACCCUGAGUACCUGCAGGACUGCAGCACGCGCUUCUUCUACAGGCAGAAUGGACGCAUUCGCCCUGCUGUGGCCGAAAACCAGGAAUACUUAUCUGAGGCUGCUAUGAAAGCUGGCAAUGUGUUGCCACCCCCUCCAUACAGACAGAGGAACACUGUGGUUUAGUGACCCACCUGUAGCACAGCAAAGGGAUGAAUAGAGGGAUAGGGGUGGGGAUGAAUGGACCUUGAACAGUCCUUUCAUUUCCAUGCAGUAUUUCUCAAACUGAGUUCUCCCUGCACCCUCCCUGAACACUUCUCCUGGUCAUGUCUGAUUGCAAGUCUUUUAUUCUCACUCUAAGGUUCUGCCUUUUUUCUUGACGACAGUCACUGACAGCCUCACUUGACACUCCGACCAUCUUUUUUAAGCUCCAUUCUUGACCAUGACCCCUAAAGGUUGGUUUUGUCCUAAAGCAAAUUGUCCUGCCACCAUUAGUACUAGAAACACACAAGAACAACAUAGUCAAAGACUGAAAUGAGAUGUUUAACAGGAAAACAGGAGAGAUGACUGAGGUUAGCCCAAAGAGAGAAUUAUUACCAUGACCUUACAUAAAUGAUCAUUGCUUUUUGUUUAUGCACCCAUAAAUUACUCUUCACCGCAUCUUUUUAGCACACGUUUUACCCAACUAGAAGUACACAUUGCAGUAUGCACACAUUGGUGCAGUCUAUGAAUGACACAUGCACAUUGAGUUGUGUCUACCAGCAAACCUGCAGUCAUGCUGAAGUGCAUGUUGCUGCACCAGUAAUGGAAUUCAAAUAUUUAUCACAUAUAGCUCAUAUCAUACCUAAAACAUGUUAACAUGCUGCCACCCUUGACACACCAAUAAUAACCAUACAUUAAUUCAUGACUACAUAUACACACACUGUCAGAUAAGCGUGCUGCCACUUGAAAUAUAUUCUGGGGGAGAAGCUUGAUUGACCUUGAGCUGGAAGACAGAGUGUGUCGAUAAUGGCAGUCAGUGGUGUAACGCAGAGAAACGGUCAUCACCAAAGUAAAUGUCACCGCAGCUUUAUGGAAAGCUGUGAUAUCACCCAGUACCUGGUGGAAAGCAUCCGACGGAUUAUUGGCAUGGAUAGGGUGGGAUUUAAAAGGUUGAUUGCUCAGAAGAUGACUCUUCACUUCCCACAUUGGUAUCCCUCUUGUUCCCUUUUCUACACCAAUGCAGUUCAAAGAGACAGCAAAUCGUGCAGUUCAGUAUGUUCAUCUUAAGAUUGCUGUAAGCACCAUUAUGACUAACAUAACAAAAGGACAAGGAAUAAUGUUGCAAUGGAACUGGUGCCAGAGAAUGGACAAAUAUUUGAAAAGGGCAACAAGUAUGAUUGUUGAGCACAUAUAAAUACAACAUGUGGGGAAAAAAUCAGAAACUGGAACAGAGCAUAUAGUAAUCUAUUUUUCUUUCUUUUCCCUCUGUUUAGGCAUUAGGAAUGCAUUUAUUUUUUCACCUUGUCUUACACUGGAUUUGACUAAUGAAAGGCAGGAUAAACAGCACAGACAUCCAGCCACGGAACUGAACUGUGGAUAUGGCAAAGAGGCAAACUCUGCAGAGCUGUAAAUAAGCCAAUUACAUGUCAUUAUCAGACAGACAUAUUCCUGGAAAAAAGGCUCUGUGAACCAAGCUGUUUCUGUAAAAGUACAUAAAAAGAUUUUUUUUUCUUUCCUUUUUUUUCACCUCUCUGUGUUCAUACAAUUGUAUUACAUAAAAACAGAUAAAUAACUUUAACCGUGUAGUCCCGCCUACAAGGCCUUCCUCUAUUUCUUAGGGUAAGGGUUGGUUCAGGAAGAGAGAUUGUCAGAACUGUUUUAAGAUGCCUCCUCCAUAUUUUACUAUGGAACACUACAAGUGGGACACUUCCUGUUGUAUUGGUAUUUUACAAUAAUAUUGAGACAUAGUGCUGGGCAGUAUACUAGACCAUCAUUUUCAUUCAUUUUAAUUUCCUGUUCCAUAUGAAUAUUUCAUAUACCGCCAUUCCAAUGCAUAGCAGAAAUAAUUGCUGUAACUCUUCAAAAGGCAGCAAAAUAUAUAAUCGCUGUGAAAAGGGGCAAGCUGUGUAAAGUGUAUUGAGAGGGGACUCCUGUUAACUGUGUAACCUUCUUACUAACGGUCAUAACUUUAUAAUAACAAUUGAUAACCCACAGUUAAUUCUAUUUAACAGGACCAAACCCCAUGGCACAUAACAAUUUGUGACACAUAAAUAAUUUUUUACACCACUGAACGGCAUGAUGGGUGCAGCAAGG